AAAUAUUUAGAUGUAAGAAUACUGAUUUUUUUCCACCCGUGUCGAAUCUGCGAUCGGAUACCGCAGCAGCGGUUUCCUUUGGCUUGUUUUGGUUGGCAGAUGUUGUCUUAUGCGAAGGAUGGCCAUCCCUAUUGCCAUCUUAGACUGUGAUCUUCUUCUGCACGGGCGUGGCCAUAAGACUUUGGACCGCUUCGACCUGGACUCUGUUUCAAAUGACUUUCUCCUCACAAAUUUUGGCUUCCCGAGAGACUUCAUCCUGUAUCUGGUGGAAUUACUCAAAGAGACGCUUUCCAGGCGAACCAUGAGAUCCAGAGCCAUCAGUCCUGAGGUGCAGGUCUUAGCAGCGCUGGGCUUCUACACAUCUGGCUCCUUCCAGACGUCUAUGGGGGAUAUAAUAGGGAUAAGCCAGGCGUCCAUGUCCAGAUGUGUGACCAACGUGACCAAAGCACUGGUGGAGAAAGCGCCACAGUUCAUCACUUUCAACAGCAGCGAGCCGUCCAGCAGAGACUUCACCUUCCAGGAGUUUCAGAGGGUCGCAGGAUUCCCAGGCGUUCUCGGGGUUCUCGACUGUGUUCAGGUUGCCAUCAAAGCGCCGAACAGCGAGGCCUCCUCGUACGUGAACAAGAAGGGCUUUCACUCCGUCGCCUGCCAGCUGGUCUGCAACGCCCGGGGCCUGCUGCUCAGUGCGGAGACGUGGCCGGGCGGACUGCGGGACACCAAGAUCCUGCAAAGGUCGGCCCUUCACAAGCAGCUGCAGGACAACAAGGAGGGCUGGCUGCUGGGAGACGGACGCUAUCCUUUGAAGAAGUGGCUGAUGACGCCGCUGGAGUCCCCGGGAACGGACGCGGAGCUGCGAUACAACCUGGCCCACAUGAUGACACGCGAGAUAGCCGACAGAACCUUCAGGGCCAUCCAGACCAGAUUCAGGUGUUUAGACGGCAUCAAAGGAAACCUGCAGUACUCCCCUGAAAGGAGCUCGUCCAUCCUCCUGGCCUGCUGCGUUCUCCACAACGCCUCGCUGCAUUCCGGACUGGACGCCUGGACUCUGGAGAGGACGGAGCCUCUGGAGCAGCCCAAGGGCCCCGAGCAGAAGCUGGAGGACCGCGACGGCGAGGCGGAGGAGCUCCGCAAAAAGAUCGUCCUGGAACACUUCAGCUAGACGCGUCAAGGGAGAUAAAGACUUAUCUGCACAUCUAAACGGACCCAAACCCUGUCCACCUUUAAACCAUGGAGACCUUUACAGCAGAUAUGUGUAUAGAAGACGGACAGACGAUGGACUUAUGAUGGAUAGCAGACAGUCAGACCUUUACAGACAGUGAAGGAAGCCUGAAUUAAACACUGUGGGGGGAAAUAAAGUGCAGAGACACCAUG